AUGGAAGAACAGAGCCAGCAUAGCACUCCCUUUACUGAGUUCAUUUACCAUCCAGCACGCGGAUUCCAAACUUGGCAAGAGCUUUGCACACACAUCCGAAGAGAGGUUCUUCAAGCACAAUCCUCAACUGAAAUUGACUACAUUUCGGUUUCCCCCGACUGGGGCCCAGUGAUUGUUGACUCGCUAGACGAGGACGGGGACGUCGAACGCUUAAACGCCGCCCCAUGGGCGAUUCAAAGCCCCGUACUCGGGUUCGAGGAAGACACCCAACUUCUUGCCCAUCCAUAUGUGAAUGUCGUUGUGAUAAUCAUGUAUGCUCGCAAAGGCAACACCAGUCAAGUGGAAGGCAAAGCUGAACUCUACGUUCGAGACGCAGAUGGCAACCCAGCCCUCCAGUACGAAGCAACCAUCUUUCCCGCGACUCAGUCCGAGUGCUCACUUGGCAUCAGUGCCGGAGAUCUCUUCGGCCCAGUUCUCCCCCAAGGUCUGCAAGCCAACACAGUUCUCCCCUUGAGCAUCGAUAAUCUUCGAAGUCAGGCUCAUGAUGCAAUGGUGCACAUGGACAUGGUGCCUGCAACUUAG